UUCAGGCGACGCUGCCAGCGUGACGUAUAAUCUAGUGGACGGUUCUUCAGAAACAGCUCGUCAACCACCUCGGUAGCUUGCUAGCCAAUAUAGCCGAUAGAUUCAAGAUAUUUAUACGAUUUCGGUGUAUAUUAGCUACUGUGUUUUAGACACACUUCUGUGUCUAAACUUGUUAACCUGUUUAAUUUAAUAUUACGUUAUUUUGUAUUAGUCAGCUUUAGUAGCUGGCUGGUUUAAGUUAGCAGGAGCCUAGUCGCUAAUGAUAGCUAGCUAGCUAACAUCCCCGACCAUGAGCUCCCUAAACUACUCUCCUCCUGUUAAAGAAGAUGAGGUCUGCUGGACGGAGAAAGAGGGUCUGUGGCAGAACAUUGUUGUGAAAGAGGAGAAGGAAGAGGAGGAUGUUACAGUAAAACAAGUAGAAGGUGAGGCUGUUACAGUGAAAGAAGAGAAAGACGUUUCAGUGAAAGAAGAGGAAGACGUUUCAGUGAAAGAAGAGGAAGACGUUUCAGUGAAAGAAGAGGAAGACGUUUCAGUGAAAGAAGAGGAGGAGGGGGAGAUUACUGUCACAUUGGAGGAAGAAGAGGAGGUUGGUGAUCUGUUUAACACCAGAGAGAGACGGGACUACCGUGGAUCCUCUGGGGAGUCUCAACAACCUCAUGAUGCUGACAAGGCAGAGAAGAGUCUCUCUAGAUCAGAACACCUCAAAAAACGCCUGCAGAGAUCCACAGGGAAGAGAACUCACUGCUGCUCUGACUGUGGGAAGAGUUUCACCUCAUCAGGCAUUAAAAUUCAUCAGAGAAUCCACACAGGAGAGAAACCUUAUAGCUGUAAUCAAUGUGGGAAGAGUUUUGUUCAAUCUGGCUCUCUGACUUUACACCAGAGAACACACACAGGAGAGAAACCUUAUAGCUGUGAUCAAUGCGGGAAGAGUUUUGUUCAAUCUGGCCAGCUGACUUUACACCAGAGAACACACACAGGAGAUAAACCUUAUAGCUGUGAUCAAUGUGGGAAUAGUUUUACUGCAUCUAGCUAUCUGACUGUACACCAGAGAACACACACAGGAGAGAAACCUUUUAGCUGUGGUCAAUGUGGGAAGAGUUUUACUUCAUCUAGCUCUCUGACUGAACACCAGAGAAUACACACAGGAGAGAAACCUUAUAGCUGUGGUCAAUGUGGGAAGUGUUUUACUACAUGUGGCUCUCUGACUCAACACCAGAGAAUACACACAGGAGAGAAACCUUAUAGCUGUAAUCAAUGUGGGAAGGGUUUUAUUCGAUCUGUCCACCUGACUCAACACCAGAGAACACACACAGGAGAGAAACCGUAUAGCUGUAAUCAAUGUGGGAAGGGUUUUGGUCAAUCUGGAGAGCUGACCCGACACCAGAGAACACACACAGGAGAGAAACCUUAUAGCUGUAAUGAAUGUGGGAAGAGUUUUACUAGAUCUGGCUAUCUGACUUCACACCAGAGAACACACACAGGAGAGAAACCUUAUAGCUGUAAUCAAUGUGGGAAGAGUUUUACUAGAUCUGGCUAUCUGACUUUACACCAGAGAACACAUACAUAAGAUAAAUCCUUACAGCUGUGCUCAAUGUGGGAAGAGUUUUACUGAGUCUAGCACUGACUAAUCACCAUAGAACACACACAGGAGAGAAACCUUAUAGCUGUGACCAGACUUAAUCUGGUAAAAUAUCAGAAACUACAUACAUGGAGUCGUUUCAUGUUAUCAAUGAAUUAAUGUCACAAUGUGGUAUGUUUUAACAUUGUAUUAGGAAUAUUUUAAUAGUCUCAAUGUAGAAGCCUAAACGUUUUCCCCCUCGUCAAUUGAUUUCAACAUGAUAUGGAUUUUAGGCUCAGGGGAAAAAUCCAGGCUCUGAAAUGGAAUAGUACUAAUUUAUGUGAUUUAACAAAAAAAGAGUUGUGUUACACUUAGUUGGCGACCCACUUGAAUCAAAAUGUAGCGAGCUGUUUUCUACUAAUUGUCCUCUAACCAGGGAUGUACACAUUACUCCCAGAUUCCGUGUGGUUUUUGAGCUGUUAGUUGUGCGCUGCCCUAAGGGACUCCCAAUCACGGCCUGUUAUGAUACAGCCUGGAUUUGAACCAGGGUCUGUAGUGACGCCUCCAGCGAGAUGCAGUGCCUUAGACCGCUGCGCCGCUGGUGUGAUAAAGGCGUGGGAUUCUGGGUAAUCCACAGCAGAUUUAUGGAGAACUUGAAAAUUGAGUGGUCCUGGGAUAGAAAUGUAUAAAAUUGACAUUACAUCAUAAAAUCCACGUUUUAAAUCACACAUUAGCAAUUUAUGUUUUAGAAACUACUGUUGUUGGUUUGGCGUCAAAUAAGCCUCUUUAUAUGUUAUUUGCCAAAUCUCUGUUUUCCAUGUGGGUUCUAUGCUAAAGAUCCCUCUUUCAAGUUGGUAUCGAACUGGAAAAUACAUCUUUAGGAGUGCUAUCCACACUGUGGGGGCGGCAGGGUAGCCUAGUGGUUAGAGCAUUGGACUGGUAACCGAAAUAUUGCAAGUUCAAAUCCCCGAGCUGACAAGGGUAAUUUAUGACAAAAGUAUAAAGUAUAUGUUUUAUAAACUCAUGAACACCAGCCAGUUUAUCAGCCCGGCUUUGUUCAUUUAGGUGUAUUAUACUUCUUCGCCACCAGAGGGGAACAUUGAGUAAUUUUCCAUGUCAAUUUGAUAUAUUUUUAUACUAAAAUGGAUGACAGUUUAUUUUGAUGUUGUGAAUAUGAGACACAUGGAAACAAUUGAUUCAUUUAUAGUAGUAAAUUAGGAAUUAGUAGGAAUUGUUAAAUCCACUAUACGAUCACAAUGACUUUGAUAGACAUUUCAACUGUUUUUUUUGUUAGUAUAUUACAGGGCAGAUUCAUGUAGAAUUGCUGUGGGAGUGGUAUUUAUAUCCCGUCACUACUGAUCAUUCAUCCAUACUGUGUGUGUCUCAUCAUUGCAGCUUUGGAAAUAAAUGAACUAUUCAUU